AUGUCCUCGAUAGUGAUUUCAUUGGCUCAUUUCUGUGACAAGCAUGGUCCAAGGAUCAUAUCGGUUACACAAUCCGCAGAAAAGGGAACAUUAGGUGAAGAGUUGCUAGUGCCUGAUUAUCCGACUGACUCGUAUUGCGAGUCCUGUCUUUUACAGUUUCCUGAAGAAUCAACAAGAUCGAUGCGAUGUUUUAUUGAGGAUGUGCCAUUUAUAACUACCCAAUAUUCCUCUAUACGGUAUCAAUUGUUGAAUUCUCUUAUCAAAAGAGCCUUCUCUGAAGAAACAAUGAUUUAUGAUAAUAUGCCGUUUAUAUUUUUUGAUGAUCUGAGAGGACUUAAUUUGGUAAUAGGCUUCAAAUUAUAUGACGAAAAUGCAAGAGGUAACGAAAGAAGAUACUGCUUCAUUUUGACCGUGGAUUCCAGAAGCCACGAUGAUUCCAUGAAAAUGUUAAGUGAACAUUGGAAUUUUAUCAUCGGUGGGUUCGAUAAAAUGAUUACUUAUAUCAAAAACAUCCACAAAACCGAGUUUAUGGGAAAAAAUCAAACAGAGGAAAACAAACAGGAAACUCUGAAUAACAAUGCUUUUAUUGGUUCAUAUUUACGUGCAAACAAAUCUAAAUUCGGUCGCAACUUAGUCUCUCUUACUGAUGACAAAUUUCUUUUUGUUCGAAUACAUAAAUGGAAUUCAUUUUUAUUGCAUACAGUGAUGAAAGAAGAUAAAUGA